CCAGUAGUUGUUAAUUCUAGAUCUAUACCGUAGUCCAUUUACAAAUUGCAAUUGAUAAUUGAAUUCCAAAGCUUCAACAUGUAUAACAUUUUGGAGGCUAAAAUGGACAAAUAACAUUCAACAUCUUAACAUUGGAAAAUCAUGAACUAAAUGUUAAGUUUUAUAUGAAUGCUGGCCUGCACACAAGGAUCAGUCAGUGAUGAACCGAAUACAGCCUGACAAUGUCCAUAGCAGCAUAUUCACCCCCUGUGAAAAUCAGGUUGAGCUGCUGUGGAGCUGCCUGCAGCAAAACACUGUCUCUAUUCUAUCCAGCAACAGUACAAAAAUAUUCCUGGCCUCUUCUUUAUGCAAGGAAUUGCACCAUCUUGCUGCUACCACUGCAGCUCAUCAAAGUGGAGAACGCUCACCAGAAGCGGAGGAACCCAGGGCAGUGUUUCUGGGCAACUCAUUCUCAUGCCUGCAGCUGCUCAGUGAAUCUGUUAGACAAAACACAAGCCUGAAUGUAUCCUUGAUACCUGAACACUUGGAGGAGCUGCAAGCUUGGGACGAUGAAACUUGGUUCAACAAGUGUGCUGAGUCUCAGGUAUUGAUGGCUACGUGUGGAGUUGCCACCGCCUUUCCUGAGCAUCUUCAGCUGUCUUCAGCCAGCCUGCUCUUUUUGGCUGAUGCUCAAGUGUGUCUCACUGAUGAAGCUUUUAGAAAACUGGUGUGGUCCGCCCCUUCACGGUGCCGUGUGGUUGGUUGCACUCCACCGUUGUUGUCACCACUCACGUCCCCCGCGUCCUCCACCACUCCUCCCCACCUCCUGCAUUGCUUCAUUCGACGCCUCACGCACGCCACUCGGUGUAACGUCACCACCGCUAGUGACAUCGCUGCUGUCAUUGGCACAGAGAGUCGGGCCAAGGAGUGGGUGGUGGCUUGCAGCUCCCCGCCCCCAGUGAUGGCAGACAGCCCAGAAGGCAACAUCAGGCAACUGCUGGCCCAGGCGCGCUGCUUCCUGGACAACCAUCGCUACGAUCCCGUCGAGGUCUAUGGCGAGGAGUACAGGGAGUUCUGCACAGGCGUGCCUGAUCCCAAGAAACAACCUCUUGCCAUCUUUGAAAACUUCGAGUCUGUCCUCAAUGAUCUUGGGCUAUGGUGCAGUGAUAGAGCCGCCCUCUACGCUCUAGUGGAAAUAGAGAAGAUGAAGAAGAAGACUGCCUAUGACCGCCAUUACCUCCUCCUCUGCAUGGUCUUCACUGUCCUCACUAGAAUAAGGAUUGUAAUUGAAGACUGCUUCAGCGAAUUCUCAGAAUUGGACCAAAUAUUGCAGUUUUCUACACCAAAAGUUCUACGCCUCAUAAGCAUAUUGAGACGCAUCCGGCCAAUCCAUUUUGUUGAUCCGCGGAACAGAAACAAACAAUCCACAGAAGAGUCAGGUCCUGAUGCUUCAGCUGGUGGAAGUGACAACCAAAAUCUCCCAAAGGAAGAAGUUUGCAGAAGCUGUGGACGUAUGCUCGCCGAUCCAGAUGAUGUGAAUGUUUCCAUGACACCUGUAAAUCCUGGCUCACAUUCUGUUGUGGUUGAAACUAAGUUAGAAAACUAUAAUCUUGAUCACAUCGUUCCAGAUGCUUCCAUUACGGAGGUUACGGAUGACGAUAUUAAGCGGCUUCAGAAGCAGGGCUGGUUUAAUGAGUGUGAUGAAGGCCAGAAGAACACAGGAGUCUCUCUUGACCUACCCGACGGCUGUGAUUUUAAACCAGACGCUUGUGACUCUUCGCAAGGCGUCGAGUAUAGUACAAACGACCAUGAUGUUAAUGACGGACAAAUGAAUGUCAAUUUGAAGAACUUGAUGAACAAACAUGUGAAAUUUAGGGAUGUUGAUCUUGAAUCAGUCAGCUCGUUUCAGAGCUGUUCUGAUCUGCCUAGCAAUUCAAGCUUGGAGGAAGGCAAGUCUCAGCUCUCUCCUAAAAUAAAUGGGUUCCGACCCGAUGAAGAUCUGUGUAACAUGUGUGACGACUUGAAAAUCAAUGAUAGUGAAAAUUGCGAUUGCUGUGAUGAUGGUGAGUUAAAAUUAACUCGCCAGGUGCUUAUUGAAGGCUGUGAUGUGCCAUCGCUCUCUGUUGAUGGACUUGUUCAACAUGGUGCUGACUCGCUCUGUGCUGCUGCUCAUUCUGAUACAAAGACACAACCUAAAACUGCUUUCGCUACUGGCUUUAAUCAAGCAGCUGGGAGCCACAAUGCAAAGUUCCACAGUGAUCAUGAAGAAAAUAAUAGUAAUUGCACUUCAUCCUGCGCUGCUGUCUCUCCCCAACUAGAUGAGGAGAACUCGGGCCGUGACACACCUGAAAUAUUUAGCAGCUGCCAGGGCUCGCCCAUGAAAGUUCCCGCUAUUACUGGGGCUGCCACGUCCUUGUCUCUGUCCAAUAGUACGAGCUCUUUAAUUAGUAAGUUAGGUAGGAAACCACUUCAUUGUGAUUCAAUAAUGGCUGUGAACGACUCGACUAAUGAAUCUCAGUGCGACGCUGCUAAUGAUGCAAACAUGUCCAAUAAUAGGGAACAUUCCAACCAUGCAACCCAUGCUACCUCGUGCGAUCAUGUAUCUUCUAGCAUUAGUACAGACUCUAUUGGGAAAGAGGGGCCUCAGAAGAACCUCUUGGAAAGUUCAAAUAAACUUCAGAUCGACGCGAGUGCUGGGCAAAUUUUAGCCCCUGAUAGCUCUCUUGAAUCCAGUGACUGCUGUCUCUUUCCGAAUGUCGCGAAUUCCGCGUCAAAUGAAUUCAAUCAGAAUUCAAUUACUCAGUCAGCCAGCGGUGUUAACGAAAAUGCUGCUUGCAGCGAGAAGGAAAUUGAUGUCUAUUCUUCGGAAACAACAACCGAAAUGCAAGAGCAGGGAAAGACAGAAAAUUUCAAUUCAGAAAUUGAAAUCAUUGCCAACUCGGUUGUAGCCGACUCAACAUCUGCUAAGGAAUUAUGUGCUAGUUGUCUUCAUUCAAAGGAGACCAACGCGUCUUGCACUCGCAAUGGUGAAAAUCAAUCAUCAGUUACUGCCAGCAAAAGCCAAGUCAAUGGCGUCGUGACUUCCGCCUUCCCGACACAAGGGCGCGGUGGUAAGAAGAGACGAGCUGAAAUGGAAGUCAAGGAAAAAGUGAAAGUCCAUAAUCCAGAUGAUCCCGACUCCGUGUGUGGACUUGUUUUUGUCCGUUCCAGCACCACUGCAAAAAUGCUCUAUCGUCUUUUCAAGGAACUCAGCGACAUCGGUGGAGAUUUUGCUUGGAUUUUCCCCCAAUUCACUGUGGAAGUCGGCAGCGAUUGGAAGUCUAAUGGCACAAUCCCCGAUGAAAAAACUCUUGAGAAUGAGCGUAAAAAGCAGGAAGAGGUUUUAAGAAGGUUCCGACAUUUGGAAUGCAAUAUGCUGGUGGCCACGAGAGUUCUUGAAGAAGGCAUUGAUGUGCCUAACUGUACCCUCGUUGUCAGAUUCGACCCAGCUCUGAGCUUCCAGUCGUACGUGCAGAGCUGUGGUCGCGCUCGAUCCAGUCCCUGGUCUCAUCUCUUCCAUCUCGCCGACGCCGAUGCUGCUGACAAUCUAGUCUCUCAUCUUGCCACGUACUGCACCUAUAAGAAGGUCAUCUUGGAGAACUGUUCGAAACAGCUCGGCGAUGCAGUCACCUUGAGUCCCUACAACAAACCUGCAUUUUCCUCCGAUCCUUUGGAGAAUGAAACACAAGUAGAAACGACUUCUUUUGAGGCAGUUAGCGCAGCGCCUCACCUUCUAAAUCCAGAGAAUGCACAUGUUUCUCCAUCAUUAAUAACCGCUACAAAUGACCUCGUGCCCCCGCGGCAUUAUUCUCCUGACGUUCUGCAUCCACUGCAUUCCAACGAGUGCCGACCGUACUGUACCGCUACAGGCACUGUACUGCGCCUGUCCGCGGCCAUGCAACUUCUCAAUAAGUAUUGUGCCAAACUGCCCAGCGACACGUUCACUCGCCUCACGGUGCAGUGGCAGAUCCACACCAAGCCAAGCGCCACUCAAGACAACCCACCUGCCCCACAAGAAUCCACAGCCUUCAACGAAAGCUCGUCUGGCAUUAAUGCUGUUACCUCUGAUCAAGAUCAGAAUCUGGUUACGGCUACUGAUGGCAUCUUGUAUUGCUGCUCGUUAGCACUGCCCAUCAAUUCGCCACUGAAAGACAUUAUCGUGGGCCCCUGGCAACCGUCUCCUGUGCUAGCUAAGCACUGUGCCGCCUUCACGGCCUGCGUUGCCUUGCAUCAGCUCGGUGAACUCGACGACCAGCUCCUACCUGUUGGCAAAGAAAGCAUUCAGCUGGACCAGCAUCUAUGUCCUCCACCACCGUCUGAUCUUGAUCCUGACACGUUCCCCCGUCCCGGCACGACUAAGCGCCGUCAGUAUUACUACAAGAAAGUUGCAGCAUGUCUCACUAAAGGUGCUACUCUGGGUGAGGUCGAGACCACGGCCAUACAAAGCAAGGAGACAGUGAAGUUUGCGUCCGAAGUGGAAGCAAACAUGUCUACGCUUAAUCCUGAACAAACUGUGGUUGAGAAAUCUGAAAAUACAGAUGCUACAGUGGUACCUCCGUCCUUGUCGUGUGAAAACUUGAAAAUAUGCACAGAGAGAGCUUCAAGUUGUACUGCGAAUGAAUCUAAAAUUACAGAACAUGAGAAACAUUGUGGUAGCAACGAUACGGAUGAAUUUAAACUUGCGAGCGAAAUUACUGCAACUAACUGCAAUGUUGAUUCAACGGAAGGUGUUCCCUCGGACAACCCUCUUCCUAGGCCGUCUGUUGUAUUGCGUCUGUACAGCAUUAGUAUGGUACUUCGUUGUGCAAUUCCCGACCAACAGAACACUAGAGGCCGGCGCAUAUACCGACCCGAGCUGAGCCCUCGGGAUUUCGGUAUUUUAACUACCGAACACAUCCCUCAAACGAGCGCCUUCCCAGUGUUCACGCGAUCUGGUGAAGUCUUGGUGAAUUUGAAUCUCAUUUCCACUUCUGUUGAAUGCGAUGCCUUGAAACUGACCGAUGAACAACUGAAACAACUCAAUAUGUUCCAUCAGUUCACAUUCAGCCAUGUUCUCCGACUUGAGAAAUAUCCCAUCAAAUUUGACCCCUUGAAGGCUAAUGCAAGUUACUUUGUUGUACCACUAAUCAGAGUUCCUGGUAAGACGAGCGUUGAUUGGCAGUUUGUUGAAAGCAUUGGCAAAGCUGGGGACUUGAAACCUUCAGCACCAAGUGACGAAGAUCGCCGCAAUUUCACCUUCAAGAAAGAGCUUUAUGAAGAUGCUGUUGUCAUGCCAUGGUAUAGGAACCAUGACCAGCCCCAGUAUUUCUACGUUGCUGAAAUUUGCGAGCAUCUCAACCCUCAAAGUGACUUUCCGGAUGCCGGUUUUGAGACGUUCGAAAAAUAUUACUGGACGAAGUACGGAUUACAAGUUAGCAACCUGCGACAGCCUCUGCUCGAUGUGGACCACACCUCCGCUCGCCUCAACCUCCUCACGCCUCGACAUGUCAACAGGAAGGGUGUAGCUCUGCCGACGACUUCAGAGGAAACUAAGCGCGCUAAGCGAGAGAGCCUCCAGCAGAAGCAGAUCCUCGUUCCAGAGCUGUGCAGCAUCCACCCGUUCCCUGCCUCUCUGUGGCGCAAGGCUGUGUGCCUACCGACCGUUCUGUACAGGAUCAACGCGCUUUUGUUGGCCGAUGAACUUCGCGUGAUUGUUGCACAGGAGAUCGGUCUUGGCCGCCCCACGCUCCCCCCUGAUCAUGUUUGGCCAGCGCUUGACUUUGGAUGGACUCUCGCCGACGUCUUUAAGAAGACUUCAGAAGGUGAUGAGUGCGGCCAGAAACCGCCUAUUGGCGUUGCUGAGCUACACGAUCUUGCUCAAGAAAAAGUUCGUCCUCGUGGGUCAACCAAAUCCGAAGACGACGAGCUUUCCUUGAUAGAUGAGGAAUAUGAAAAGAAAAAAGGUCGUCGCAGAAGGCAUGGCGAACUAGAGAUCGGAACUUGGUCAAAUGAAAUGGCCUUAGCAGAGCAAGAAAUGGCUGCCGACGCUGAGGAUGAAGACCUAGACGAGCUGGAAGUAUUCGACCCCAAUGAAGAUCUACCAGAUAACCUUACCAUUUUGGACUGUGGAGUAGCUGAAGAUGACAUUGAAGGCGAGCUGGGGGCUGAUUGGGGCACAGGACUCAAAGAAAGGAAAGCUAAGGCUCGCACUGGCGUCUCAAGUACACGGAAAAAAACUGCUGCCAAAGCGACUAGUCGCCCUCGAGAUAGUGACGCCUACGUUGAUAACGAUGGAAAUGGCAGCACCGGGAUCUUCCGGGUAGGAUCGCCGUCUAACUUCGAGUAUGACGACAACUUUGAUUUCAAUGACAAUUGUUACAAAGGUGACAAAUUCUCGGGGGGUGAAGGUGCUGACUCGUACAGCAAUUACGACGAAGAUGAUGACGAUUUUGAUGACUACUGGGACGACUACGAGGCUUCUUCUGAUGAAGAGUCGGUCACCGAGGAGAUCAAAAGUGCUGCUGCGGCCAAUGACUGGAGCACUAAGCCUAAGAAACGACAUGAGGACGAGGAGCAACAUAACGAUCAAGAUGAGCUGGACUUGUUCAUGGGGGAAAUCAACCCGCAAGAAAUUGCCGAGGCAGAAACUGAAUUCUGCAAGGUCAUCGAAGACAAAAAAUUAGAAAUGUUACACAGUGACAGUUUCGUUGGAGAGAAUGACGAGUUGUUAUUCGAAAAGGCAAAAAGGAAAAAUUUGGCUGAAAGUAAUAUUCCUCCUGCUGCAUUGGGCUCACUCGUUGAAAAUUUCGAUGUAUCUUGUGCAGAAUAUAAUGAGGAAAUAGACAUUGAUGAGGCUGAUGAAAGCUUUGUGAUUGGUAGCGAUGUAAAUCUUCUUCCUCCGUGCACCAAAUCUAUAAAUACUAAAGCAUCGGACACCAAUUUUGGCUUGGACUAUUCUAGUCUCAACCAAUCUGCUACGUUAGAAAACAUGAUGGUGUCGCACGUGAAGAAAGAAUCCACCCUUUACCCAGUAGGUGAAGACAAGCAGCUGUUCAGUUUUGAUUUUCAGCCUGAUUUGAGCGGACUCUACGGACCGUCGCCUAGUGUAAUCUUGCAGGCUCUCACGAUGUCCAACGCCAACGAUGGCGUAAACCUUGAACGUCUUGAGACCAUUGGUGACUCUUACCUGAAAUACGCCAUUACCACGUACCUGUACUGCAUGUUCCCACAACAACAUGAAGGCAAGCUCAGCUACUUACGCUCCAAGCAAGUGAGUAAUUUAAAUCUCUACAGGCUCGGCAAGUACAAGGGACUAGGUGAUUGUAUGGUUGCAACAAAGUUCGAGCCUCAUGACAACUGGCUUCCCCCGAGCUAUUAUGUUCCCAGGGAGCUUGAAGAAGCCUUGAUAGCUUCAGGCAUUCCAUCAGGCCACUGGAAUAUGGCAGAGUUGCCCAACCUUCACGAACUGUCCAGUGAACAGAUCAGGUUGAUGGUGCUUGAUAGAACUAGGCUCCUCAAAAACGCUGAUGCCUCUGAUGAAGCCGUUUCCCAUUUUUGGCCUCCUGGAUCUGACAAGGUGGACAUGAGACGACCCGAAGAGUUGCCCAUUUUCAUCCCCUAUAAUCUGCUUACGCAGCACAGCAUCCCAGAUAAAAGUAUUGCUGACUCGGUCGAGGCGCUAAUCGGAGCUUAUCUCACCACUUGCGGUCCCAAAGGUGCCCUUUUGUUCAUGUCGUGGCUUGGCAUCAAAGUGUUACCUACGAAGUCAAGUUUUGAUGAAGCGUCUGGAAGAGAAAAAUUCACCUUUUCCCAGGUUGGGUUGCCCGCUUCUCCCUUGCACGUGCCGCAGUUAAUUACACCUGCUAAUUUGUCCUACACUUGUUGGACAACGAACGAGGCACGCAAGGACGUUCAGUCAUGUCAACUCGAUAGCCAAACUCAGAUCUGCAGCCUUAACGCAGAGUGCUCAACUGACGCUGUGAACACCAGCGCCAACUUUUCUGCUGAUGAGAUGGCAAAACCUCCGCUGUUUGGAUGUAGUUCCCAGGAUCGUUAUCCUGUACAGCUCUUUGAUCACUACCGUGACUUGGACUUACUAUUGACGGACUACGAUGAGUUUGAGCGAACCAUCAACUACACGUUCAUAGACCGAGCCUACCUCCUGCAAGCCUUCACUCACGCCUCCUUCUGCCGUAACCGUCUCACCGACUGCUACCAACGUCUCGAGUUCCUUGGAGACGCCGUCCUAGACUACCUCAUUACAAGACAUCUGUACGAAGACUGCCGCCACCACUCGCCUGGAGCGCUCACAGACCUGCGUUCAGCGCUGGUCAACAACACUAUCUUCGCCACGCUUGCAGUCAAGCAUAGCUUCCAUAAAUAUUUCCGACACUUCUCCCCUGGCUUGGACUCUGUUAUCCGAGAUUUUGUUAAAGAUCAGGAAGCCAACGAGCAUAAAAUAAACGAGGAAUACUACCUGCUGGAAGGCGAAACAGAAGCAGACAUUGUUGAGGACAUCGAGGUGCCCAAAGCUCUCGGUGACGUGUUUGAGAGCGUUGCGGGCGCCAUAUUCCUGGACUCGGGGUGUUCUUUGGACGCCGUGUGGGGAUCCUACUACCCCAUCAUGAAAGCCGCCAUCGACCAAUUCACCGCAGUCGUGCCCAAGAGUCCCAUCAGAGAGCUGCUCGAGAUGGAGCCUGAGACUGCCAAGUUCGGACGCCCGGAACGCCUUGUGGACGGGAAGGUACGCGUGAGCGUCGAAAUUUUUGGCAAAGGAAGCUUCUGUGGCGUUGGUCGUAAUUACCGCAUAGCAAAAAGCACUGCAGCUAAAAGAGCUCUGCGACACCUGCGUCACAACCAACUUCCUGCUUGCGUGACGUCGCCCUGAACCCGUUACAUCAGGCAUCGUUUGACAGAAAAAGAUGAAUAAUACAAAAUCUCGCUGUGUGUCUGGAAAUCUUGAGUCUUAAGUUAUUGGUCUUAUCUGUCUUUUUACGAUAAUUUUGACCCUAAGUUUGAUUACGUCCGUCGCUCUAUUUUCUGAUAUUUUUAUUGUCGGUGUCAAGGAAAUGAGUCUGUCAUGUACUGAGUUUCAUUGAGAGUUUUGGUAGAAUUAUUUCAUACAUUGAAAUUUGCAUGGUAUAUAUAUUUUGUAUUUCGAAGACCUUAGAUUUAAUCUUAAGAAAAUUGUUUUGUGGUUAUAUGGGCUGUGAAAUGACUUCUUAUUUUUUAUCUUUAAACAUCUGAAAUCAAAUGUAUUGGUACCAAUCUUUAUUGCUGUUGUUUUUAUUUUUAUUGCAUGUCUGCUCUAGAGUUUGGUAAACUUGUUUAUCCAAUCGGUAAAUCUCCUAAGAUCUCAAUGCUUUAUUUAAACUUCAAUCAGAUAAAUGUUCAUCUGGGGAAGAUGUAGUCUCAUGUUUUUGUGACCCGUAACCAUUUACUCAUGUAACAUGUUUUGUUGAUCUUAGUUUGUUUGCGUGUUCUAAAAUUAUUCUCUGAAUGAACAAAGAAUAUUCAGUUGCUUCGUUAGCAUAGUGUUUUAAUUAGGUACGUUUUCUCCUUAGUGUCGUAUCUACUGUAUUUCCGUUGUCAUUAACUAACCGUCCUGUUGGUUUUUCACUCGAAAAUUUUAUGUUUGACCAUUUAUCCUGAAACAUUGACCCUGGUAAUCAGGCAUUUAGAUAAGAUUAACACAGAGUACGCUAACAGAAGAUCAUGUUAGGCUGGAAUGUUGUAAAAUACUUGUGAACCUACCUCUACGCGAUUAAAAUGGAAAGAUCGUCUAUACACUACUAUGUAUAAGCGUGAAAGAAGUCCCCAAACCCAUGGGGAGGGGUUGUUAAGCGUGCUACUGAAUUUCGAGGUUCAAAUUGCUGGACAAACCAACACAUAACCUAUUCCAAACUUAUAAACGUUCGAUUUCUAGAACAAAUUGUGUCCUAGACCUUCAUCGAACUCAGACUUGUAUCUGCAACUCGAGCUUCCUUGUUAAACUCCACCUCAUCGGUCACUUUCGUGCGCUGUGACGAGCGUUUUUUAUUCUGCCAUUCCUGCAUUUGAAGUGGUCUCUCUUGAAAUUCAUAAAUGUCAGGCUCUUCUUACUACCGAAAUUCGAGAAUUCGGUUGUAAGAAUUUUUUUUACUACUUACUACUUCUUACUCUCUUUUCGAUAACCUAGAAGCUCAUUACUCAUGGUUUCAUGAGCAAAAUGUUGACGAUUACUGUUCUUAUCUUCUCACACAACCAGUAUUUAUGUUGUUCCUGGAACAUUUCCACUCCCAACUUUAUCUGUAAAAUGCUUCCUCUUCUCCUAAUUUGAACUUGCACAGUUCUAUAUUCUUCAUUGAUUGCUUUAAAAUUGGUUAUGCGCUCUACUGGAUUUUAUGUCUAGGAUUGUAGUAUAUUGGCAAGACUUUAUUUGAUAGUAACGAAUCUUACGUGUAGCUGUGGGCAGUGUGUUCUGUCAGUUGGCGUCCCGCAUUGUGAUCCAUGGUAUGCGAACGGAAGGACCUCAUCCAUCCUGUGUUUGAUUGUCGAUUGAUAAGAUUGUCGAGGCUUGCUUUAGACCAUCAAUCCUUUUACUGAGCAGAAUGCAAUCGGUAGAUUUACUGUUAUUGUACUAUGUGUGUGCUGCGUUAGCUCUUCAUUACUUUAAGUUUCCGGCAUUGUUCGUUUCUUGUUCUAGCGUUUAAUUUUUUUAUUUAGUACAUUUUUCUUUAGGAGAAUAAUUCAUUUGCUUAUGUAAAUAGUGAAAGGGUGGUUGGUCUUUGGAGUGUUGAUUUUCCGUUUAUUUUAAGCUAAUUUUAUUUUCAUUCUGUUUCAUCAGUGCAAAUGGCUGUAUUUUCUCAGACAUUUAUGUCUGAAAUAACUGCUGACGGAAUUAUUUUCCCUACCUUGUCGAAAAAUCAAUAUUCUACACAUUCGGCAUAUUCCAUGUGCGAUGACAUUUGCUGUGGCCUCAUAUUAAGCCGCUCAUUUCUAUUAUUCCAUAGUAGAUGCUUUUACCUUCUGAAGGGUUCCAGUUUUGUGGGCUGCCUAUCAGCAGCACCGUGAAUUGACCUUUUAUUUCAACGACUUUCUGUACAGAUGAUGAAACUCCUUUCGCAUCUACAUUUCCAUGUCAAGCAAUUUUGUCCGCAUAUUCUUUGGCUGUGUUAUUUAUUUAUAAUUUAUUGCUAAGUAAGAUUCAGUGGUGCAAAAUGAGAUCUUUUCAUUGUAAAGUAUUAUUUUCCAGAUAUUUUUUAUCACUUGAUUAUUUGUGGAAGAUAAUUUAGUCUGAAAAGUUUGUCUCUUGAUUUAGCACUUGCUCAGAGACGACAAAAGCAUGCAAAAAGUUCAAGAAAGUACAAAUUGAGUUCUAGCCCUUAUCUGUGAUUCGCUUCAAUACCUGAAAUCGGGCUUCUGUGUUAUCUUCAUACUUGUCCGAGAUUCUUGCUGCUUCCAUUGCAUAUUUUUCGACAAAUAUUAUUCUGACAAUUCUUGUGGAUAUGUUAGAACUUCAUAGUUCUAAGUCCUAUUCCUAGAAUGCCGAUAGCUGUCGACUACCUUGACAUAAUAAUUCGAAGUGAUACAUAUAAGCGUGCCUCGUGUGAGGAAAAUUUAAUUAUAUGAAUUUUUUAUUUGAUUUGAGUGCACUUUGAUUUUUAUGUUAUGUAUAAAGUGAAUAGUUGAAAAUGGUUACAGCUAAUUAAAACUUCAAUUACUUGAGUAAUGUGAAGAUGAACAAUUUAGAUUUGUGAGCAAGAUACCUCUUAAUCUUAGCAAAAUCGUGCGGUACUCCUUCUGUUUGAAGCCUUUUUCACGAUUUUGUGUUGUGAACACCAAUCUGCUUUGAUGCAAGAUUACUGUUUGCCGCGUUGCUUUUCUUCUCAUCUUCCUUCCCUGGGUGCUUUAAACCGCGUAUUCUGUAGCCGAGAAAUUUGUUUAGUUUUCAAUACCUUAUCAAUAAUGCGUUAAUUUAGUAUCGAUUAUGGCUAGCUUAAGAUAUGUUUACUGCAGUAAGUUACGAUUUAUAAUGUAAUACUUUUAAAUAAUUCGUCUUUAACAAGCUUGCUGCAUGCCAGCGAGGCGCGGUUACCAUUAAACCAGCCAUUGCUCUGGGGUCGUUGUCAAACUAUGUUCAGAAGUGUUAUGUGAUUUGUUUAGUUGAAUUAAUACGUGAAUACGUUUCAAGUGAAUUUUUACCUGAUUUUGUGGUAUUUAUAUUUAAGGUGGAUUAAAAGAUUCAAGAGUGAUAGCUUGCCACGAAUUAAAGGUGACUGAGUUUGAUAUCAAUGGCACCGUGCGAUUAUGUUUUAAAAUGACGUGUUUUAAAUAUCAUUGUUUAGUAUUAGGUUUUGUUUUACAGGACUCCGACUCCUGAUGCUCUACCUCACGAACAUUCAAUGAUGCUAAAUAAAUUAAUUGUUAUCAAUUGUGUCAUAGGUACAAUUGUACCUAAGCUCACAUAAUUAUUGUAAAAUGAUGCAGUAUGGCAAGGAUUAAUUGAUGAAAUUUGUGUAAAAAUGUCAUUCUUUUUUCAAUACUUAGCGCAAAUUUUCCUUCUAUUGGGUUGAUCUUUGCUGCGUAAUUCAUUCAGUGUGAUGUUCAAGCUUUUUUUUUUGAAGGCUUUUAAGAGCGCUUUUUCUAGCGAACGGCUUUACAAUUAACCUCCUAGCGUACUAUUUACAUGAUUUUUCUCUUCAAAAAUUGUCUGACUUUGCCCUCUUUAUUCUAGAAACUUAUUUUUUGUUUAACUCAUUCAUCCCAACAAUAGAAAUAAUUCAAAGUUUCUUGAAGGUUUGAAGAAAACUCGUUUUUAGGUUUAAGUUUUAUUAUUGCUUUGGCUGCUUGUGCUGUUCAAGAUUUUGUCUCGCCAUAGAAAAAUAAGCUCACCUGUCGAUGCAAGUUUUCUAACUUCGCUUUGCUCACUAAAAUAACGUGCCAUCUGUGUCCACGAUCAGUAAUUAUACGUUUUCUCAGUUUA